CGUAUGCUUUUUCUGUGGGCAUUCGCUGUCCAAAAAAGGGGAAAAUGCCGACUGAGAUUUCCUUGCUUCACAUCAUCACUGAUGAUUAUUACCACGUGAUUAAAGAUUACGAGAAGGACGGAGACGGGGCCAAGAAAGGUGGGAAAAAAGGAGGUAAAGCAUCAGCCGCCAAAGCUGACAAGAAAGGAGGGGGCAAAAAGAGCAUGAAGGAUGGUGGGAAAGGAGGGAAGAAACCCAAAUCUAAAAGCAAGGACAAUGACUCAGACGACGGAGGUGGAGGGGGUGGGGGAGGUAAAAAGGACAGAGAGGGUUGGGCAACCGAUCCCAAACCGAAACCCAUUAAACCAACAAUUGAGAACCCGAGUUUACCAGAUGACAAGUAUGGCAUUGAGAGGAUUCUUAAGUUGGUCACGUGUUAUGAGGAUCCGGACUACGGCGGCUGUACUAUAUCUGGACUGCUAUCCAGUGACAUGGUGCUUCUGAUGAUUAAGAAGACACACUUAUUAGACAGUGUGUUGAAUCAUCCUUGUACUCUUGUGGCCAAACAUGAGGGCAGGAUAAUAGGUAUCUGCCUCUGCACAGAUAAGGGGGACGAGGAGUGGGAGGCCGCGUGGGCGCAUCUCAAAGCCACCUUCUCCAGCAUCGCCGACCGAGAUGAGAUCCUCAAACAGGUGUACGAGGGUGACGAUCGACAAGCUGGAAAAACGUGUCAGAUACAUCAGCUAGCAGUUGACAGUCGCUUCCGCCGAAUGACUGUCGGGUCGCAACUUGUGAAAGCAUGCGUGAAAAAAGCAGACGACGAGAGGUUCCACCGCGUGAGCAUCGUUUGCACAGAUGCUUUCUCGGAAAAGAUAGUGAAAAAACUGAAGUUCCAAUCAAUGGGAGAGCCACUGCACUACAAAAAAUUCACCCACCCUAAAACUGGGGCUCUAAUUUAUAAAUGUAUCUACAAAAAACCACACAAGAAGAUGCGACAUUAUGCUCUCAGAUUUUGA